UAUAUGCAGUCUAUUUUUGCCAUGGAAAGUAUGAAUCUCUAGUCAUGAAUCAAGCCAAGUGGCAAUUUCUGAUCCUUGUAGCCAACCUCAUUGGGAUAAGGCUUUUGUUUUUGUUGUUGUAAAGUACAAAAUUCAAAAUAUCANGGAAAGCUUGGAAUUCUUACACAUUGAGCACUUCUCAUCAACUUUAGUCAAACAUUGUUGCAUUCUUACACAAAAUAGUUCUUCUUUCAUGGUUAAAACAGUAAUGCAAUACCAGAUGCUUCAUUUGUUAAUUACAAAGAAUAAUAAUGGUUUAACAUAUUAGGAAGUCCCUAUUUCUGCAGAUUCGUAUCAAUCGGGUCUUGGUAUUAUGAAACUUUUCAAUUGGGUACCUAUUCGGUAAAAUUGAGUCAAUAAAGCUUUUGCCGUUAAUUUCAGUGGACGGCAUUAAAUUUACUGUGUCGUGGCAUGCUGACGAAGCAAUUUUUAAUGACGUGGCACGGACUCGGUCUCGUUCUCUGCAAUGACUCGCUGAAGAUUAGCUCCAACUCACCGUAAUCACUCUCCCUCGACACUGCUUAGGUUGCCAGCGGAAGGUCGAACUUAGCAGAUUCCGAUGCCGUGUGGCAAUUAACCUUAGAAGAUCCCUAAUUGGUGCAAGUUUAUCACAUCUUCUUCUCGAUUCGAUUUGAUUCGUGAAAAAAGAAGCAAAACAAUGAAGGUUUCGUUUUCCAUCCCCUCAUCGAAAUCCCAAUCGAAGCCCAAACUCAUCAGUACCUUCGAGAACACUUGCACCGCCCAAAAUGACGCUAACGGAUCCAAACACUUCAUCACUGAAUUCGAUCCUUCCAAACCUGCUCCCUCCCUUGCCCCCAAAAUCCUAAUUCCACCAAUCCAAAACAAAGGGAAACCCUUUAAGAAGAUGAAGAACCUCCACCUACCCACCGCCGACCCUGAAUCCGAACCCCUUACAUUCGAAGUCCACGUCGCCGACGGCCAACCUGACUCCGACGUCUCCUAUGGCCUCAAACUCUGCACCAACAAAAAAACUGAGCAAACAACGGCACAGCACUUCCGCCACCACCGCUCCAUGUUUCGAUGGAGGGCACGAUGUUGCAGAAGCUGAAUGACAACAUGGAGAGGCUACCGGAGGAUCAGGGGUUCGAUGAAUUCAAGGAUGUCCCAGUCGAGUGUUUUGCCGCGGCGCUGCUAGCUGGGUGCGGGUGGAAGGAAGGGAUGGGGAUUAGAAAGAACGCGAAGGAGCAUGUGAAGAUUUGGGAGAUCAAGCGGAGAAUUGCCAAGGAAGGAUUGGGUUUUGUUGGUGAUGCUUUGGUUCGGAGUAGCAAUGACAAGGACAAGAAGAAGAAUGAGAAGAAGGGUGAAGAGAGGUGUUUGAGGAAAUUGAAGGAGACGAAGAUUCAGCGUGAGGAUAGAGGGCCAAAAAGGACGCGCGACAGGAAUGAGGUGGAUCAGAGGAAGGUUUCUUGGCUCUGAUUCCACAUAUGGUUGUACGAGACCAAAGAAAGUGCAAAGGACGCAGCGGGAACAGUGACGGAGAACGUAAGGGGGCAGAGAGGACGAAGCAGAAGACAGAGGAGGUGGCAGCAUCAACCGGAGAGACGUUGUACGUGGGGAGAAGGCGAAGCAGGGCGUGCAAGGGGCAUAGGACACCCCACACAAGAUUGCACAAUCACCAUGCCACAUAGGAAUAAAGUUAACACCAUCUACAACAGUUAACGGCAAGGGCAUUAUUGACUUGAUUUUACCAAAAUAGGGACCCAAUUGAAAACUUUCAAAAUACGAGGACCCAAUUGAUACGAAUCCGCAGAAAUAGGAACCUCCGAAUACAUUAAACCAAUAAUAAUCUUCAUGUCCUCCCCCCUCCCCUGCAACCAAAAACUGACAAUCAAAAACUUAUUGAACUCAAUUCUAGAUAUGUUUCUUAGAAAAAUUUGUAAGUUGCGAACUAAUGUUUUAACAAAUGAUAAAAUCUGUUGGAAAUCCCACAUCGACUAGAGAUAAGGCCAAUUCA